AUGUCCCCAGUGUGGGCGGGCCCGCCGCGGUGCGCGCGGUGCGGGCGGGCGCUGCUGCUGCUGGUGCAGGUGUACUGCCCGCUGGAGCGCGGCCCCGCGCACCGCGCGCUCCACGUGUUCGCCUGCGCCGCGCCGCGCUGCUGGGGAGCCGCCCGCAGCUGGAAGGUGCUGCGCUCCCAGUACUCGCAGGCCCAGGAUAAACAGAGCCGAGCUGUCGGCGUCAAGCAGAAACAAGAAUCAAACUUAGCUGCGAAGGAUUGGUGUGAAGAUGCAGAUGACUGGGGAGCCUGUGAUGGAGCAGAGGCUCCUGCAUGUGCCUCCCUUGAGCUGCUUGGCCUGAAGGAAGCUGUGAGCAGCAAGGUGGAGUGUGCAUGCCAGCUCCAGCAGCUGCACCUGUCUGAGCCUGCCAAUGGCCCAGGAGCCCAGGACACACAUCCUGCAGCCAGGGAGGACACGGAUGGCCCAGGAGCCCAGGACACACAUCCUGCAGCCAGGGAGGACACGGAUGGCCCAGGAGCCCAGGACACACAUCCUGCAGCCAGGGAGGACGUGGUGAUGGCAAUGGCUGCUUCAGCUCCUGUGUUCCAGCCCUUCUACAUUAAUGUUGUGGAUGAGGAAGACUACAUGGGUUUCCUUGAUACAGAUCAUGCAGACAAGCUACUGAAGGAGUAUCAGCAGAGAGAGUGUGUUGAUUUGGAACAGAUGAUGUCAGAGAGUUUUGCAGGUGAAGAUGGUAAUGAAAAAUAUGAGAAGAAUGAAGUCAAAAACUGGGACCACACAUUCCAUAAAUUCAUGAAAAGAAUAUCUGUAUGUCCUGAACAGAUUUUAAGAUACUCUUGGGGUGGCCAGCCUUUGUUCAUCACGUGUCCUCCAGCCAACCUGGACCAGGAUAUUCCAGCCUGCAGUGUCUGUGGAAGCAGCAGAGUGUUUGAGUUCCAGCUGAUGCCCACGCUGGUCAGCAUGCUCCAGAGUGACUCAGAUCUGUCAGUGGAAUUUGGAACUGUUAUAGUUUACACAUGUGAGAGAAGCUGUUGGCCGACAGAUCAUCAAACCCCUCUUGAAGAAUUUAUUUUUGUACAAGAAGACCCGGAUCAGAGAUUAUUUAAAUAAAUUGUAUUUCUCUGCAUAGAUCAAAA